AUGCUGGAAGAGGAGGGUGUCACAGUGCCAUCUGGUAGCCCUGCCGUCAGCCUGCCCCACCCACCCCCACCUGCUCAACCCCAUGAAGAGGUUGUAUUACCCCAUGCAGAUCCUUUGCCUCAGGAACACAGGGACAUGGCAGCUCCUUGGAUAGAGAUUUUAGGUGAGGACCUCAUCUCUUGCCUCUUCUCAAAGAACUGGACAGUGCGGGAGACGGGUCUGAGAAGGGUUUCUCAGGAAGCGGUGGCUGUCUUCCUGCCAGCGUCUGGGGAGGGCCGCACUGGGGCCAGAGUGUCCUCAGACAGACACGAGGCCAAAACACAGAUGCUGUCUACCUGCUUCAGCAUCCUGGCACUGAUGUGUGGAGACCCUGUGUAUAGAGUGUUUGUGGCUGCAUUGAAAACUUUGAGAACAGUGCUGGCAUAUGUACCCUGCCGAGAUGACACUCAGAGGAAAGAGCUGCAGGAUUUGUUGGUCCCUGUACUGAAUACAAUACUGAUUAAAUGUGCAGAUGGGAACAGACGCACAAGCUUGUUGUCCAUCUCUACCAUAGUAGAACUGGGCAAAGGGCAAUCUGGGGAGCUUGCCAUUGGAAGAGAGAUAUUCAAUUCGGGUCAGGGUGGUAUUGGAGGCGUGUCGUUCAUACUGACAUGUAUGUUGGAGGAGUACACACUGGAGGAGGUUCAGUGGCAGUGGUUAUUGGGACGCCUGUGUGCCUUGGACCGUCUCAUGGAGGAAUUCCCCCUAGAGUUCACAGUGGAGGCUGCCAGAGGAGAGCACAUCUCAGACCACCCGAGACUCCAUGCUGUUCUGAACUUCGUCUUCAAAGCCUUGAAACACAGUCACCAGAGGAUAGCCAAGCUUGCCAGGAGGACGUUCAUAUUUGCAGUCAGACCCACGGCCCACAUUCCAGGAAUUUUCUCCGAAGUCAAGGAAAUGUUGAACCACUUAGACUCCAGCUUGCACAUUCGGAUGCUGCGGCAUCUGGCUCAUAUUUUCACAGAACCUGCAUUGCUAGUGCCUUACCAUAAUAUCACAUAUCAGAAUGGCCCAGCGGUUGAUUUUGAGAUCCCUGGGGAUAGGGGAGAAGGCUCUGAUACCCCAAGGUCUCUCUCCCCUGAUAUGCCUCUCCCAUCAAGUCAGGGUUCCAGUCCAAUGCCCCAGACUCCCACCGAGGAUGGAGACUGUAAUGAUGGUAUUGGUGAGGAUAACAGACUUGAUAACAUGACUCCCAAUAAUAAUGAGUUGGGUUCUGAUUUACAGAAUAACAAUGUGCCAAAUGACAAUGAUGUUGAGGAGCAAACUCACCAAGAUGAAUUCUUAGGGGAAAACGGACUUGAGGCUUCAGUACAACCAGAUGAAGCAGCCGCAGGUUCAAAGAGUGCAAUUGCACAGGACAAUCAUGUUGAUGGUGAUACAAAGAAGUUGGAAGAAACCACAGACAGAAGUAAUGUGAAUGGAGAAUUGCCUGGUAAUGCAGAGAACCAUGUUUCUGGUACAAAAACUGCCAAAGAUGCCAACAGGAAUCUUAAGCAAGCAAAUCCAGUCUUAUUGACUCCACCCAACACUCCAUUGCAGCAAUCACUGGACAAGGAGCAGGUAUCUCUUUCUGCAAAGAAGGUUCCACAAUCAGAGUCUACCUCGUCACCUUUGGCUGGGGCUCAGCCAAAAGAUUGGGGAGAUAUUACAACAAAGCAACUGGAAUGUGACUGUAUAGAGCCCCCACAGCCACAUGGGAUCCACAUGCAUCAUAAAUCACAGGGUAAUAGGGACCAAGAGGAGAUACAGCCUUCACUGCCAUCUUGUGGUGAAAAUGCACAUCACAAAGCACAGGGAUAUGGAAACUGUGAUGACAGACAGGACGAGGCACAGGCAGCACCACUGAACUGUAACUGUCUUAUAAAACCUUGUCCCUGUGAGGAUAAAUUUCGGUUGCCACAGGAGCCAUGUUCACCCAAGAAAACUUACUUGUGUUCUGCUUGCAGAAGGUAUUCCAUUUUAUCAACAGAGGACUCCACUGAGUUGACACUGUCUCCAGCAGGACUGGAUGAGAAGCCGGUGUCUUUCAAGACUGAAGUGGCGUCCUCGCCCAGGGUGUCGCCGGACGCAAGCCAGGAUGAUGGUGCCUCGUCUGAUCCCUGUUACUGUAAGGAGGAGGUGGAGAUCGAGGAGGCCCAGGCCCUGGCAGCUGCCAUGGAGGCUUCCACUAAACAGGAAGAUUUACCUAUCAUUCCACAGCUGGGCAGCAGGGAGAAAGACGAGAUUACCAUCCAUAUUCAGGAUGAGGGAGGUGGAGAAAAUGAUGAGCCUCAGCCCAAGGCCUACUUGGAUGGCAUACACUGGCAGCGUGGCCCUCUGAUUGGCACUGGUGCCUACAGUACCUGCUAUCAGGCCAGGGACGUCAAGACUGGGACCAUUAUGGCAGUAAAACAGAUCUCGUUCUGUAGAAACACAGCUGUAGAGCAAGCUCAGGUGGUUGAGGCAAUAGAAGAUGAGAUUCGUAUGAUGGCCAAGCUGAACCAUGUCAAUGUAGUCAGAAUACUUGGAGCCACCAGACAGGGUUGCCAUUUUAACAUGUUUGUGGAGUGGAUGCCAGGUGGUGCUGUGGCCUGUCUCCUGGCCACUUAUGGACCAUUCAGUGAGGUAGUGAUCACCAGUUACACUCAGCAAGUGCUCAGGGGGCUGGCAUACCUGCAUGAUAACCAGAUAUUACACAGGGACAUGAAAGAUCUCCUGAGGCUGUUUGACUUAGAAAUCAUUGACAGGCUGCUGCACGUCUCAGCCUUCUGUGCAUAUUUGUAA